AUGGCAACCACCAACACCCACACAAGUAAUAACCCCUUCAGAAAACAGUCGCCGCCUCCCGAUAGAGAUGAGUGGGAGGAUUGGAGCGAAGAUGAAAGACCUGCAACAACAAUACUGGACGAUGGACCGAUGGUGGAUGUCGAACGUGGUUACACAACAAGCAAUCAUGGCAGACGGGACUCUAUGCAUCGAUACUCGAUUCACAAGCCCAUGUUCCGCGCCAAGUCCAAGGGCCACGCAAAGGCAAAGAUUGCAAAGGCUGGCAUCACUCUCGACACAAAUGUGGCCAAGUCACGAAACCCGCCAGCGCUGCAAAGAAAGCCCACCGAGCAAAGCGCUCAUCCCGAGAAUGCCACUCGAUUCGCAGAUGCUGCUGCUCUCAGGGCACUGGAGGGAUCACCAAACUCUGCCUCUGUAGGCAGCUUUUCAUGGCUGCGACGGAAGACUGGCAACUUGUCGGCCAAGUCGGCCAAAGGUUCGCCUCUUUCGCCCGAGUCCCGGCCGAUUGUCAUUGGAAUCGCCAUGCCUUCAGAAUCAGCCAGCGAACACCAAGUCAGUCCACAGACGGCAGUGGUUGAGACGCCCAUGGCGGUCCAACACUACAAUCAGAGACUGGCAUCACAAAAUACCGGGGCUUUGGAGACAACCCCAGUACAAUUGCGAUCUGUCUGGUCUCCCGACACCGAAGCCAGUGAAUCACCUUAUAUUUCACGCCCGGCCUCUAGUAUCUAUUCACAGAUGACCAUCCGGGGCGGUGGUGGUCCUGACUUUUCUUCAGCACCACCCGUUCCCAGUUUGCCUGCUACCUACAAGUUCAAGCAAACACAACAACAGCAACAGCAACAACAACAGUCACUCAUUGACAUGGAAGACGACGAGAGAGGAACACCUUGCACACUAUUCGAGGAAGACGGAAGCCCAAUGGCAGCACGCAAGUCAGCAAAGCCCACAUCAGCCAUUAGUCCCGAGGGUACGGGAAGAUCAAAGGGCUGGUGGGAUACCGUGAGGAUCUCCCAGCAAACCAACAACCCCUUCAGACAGACCGCCAUGCAGACAGGAGAGAGCAGCUCAUCAGCCGUAACUCCCACCACAGAAUGGUGGCACAAGACCAAUGAGAAUGAAAAGAGAGCACCCUUGCCCCUCUCUGAUCGGCCUGUCAUGAAUGCUACCGUUUCUACGCAGAACACCGGCCAGAGCUCACGGACCAUUGCAUCAUCUUCCCAGAACCCCUCAACCACUCGAGCAGAAACACAGUCUGAAAAGGCUCGCAUAUUACUCGAGCAGAACGGCACACAGAGUCCCGUUGAUCAGCCACCACCAUAUUCCCUUAGAGAGGUGAAAUACGGAGCGGCACUCACUCCUCAUGCCAUUAGCACCGAGCGAGUUCCAUCCCCUGGACCAAUCUCACCCGGAAUCCCCCAAACGAUGAGCUCACCAGGAGCUAUCAUGAUGGACGAUGUACCCAUCACACCCCGAGUUAUACCCGGCGCAGUUCUUCAUGACCGACCAAUCGGCACGCAUGUGACUCACGACCAGUUUCGUGAAGCUGCCGGUACUAAUAUGAAGAGCGAGCGCAACAGAAGGCGUCAUGAGAAGGAAGAGUUUGUUGCUCGUCGAGUUGGAGGUUUCUGGAGAGGCCGAGGCUGUAUUCCCGCCGAGGGUUGCUUUGGACGAACAGGUCGUGAGGGAAGAAAGAGACGCCGUAUUUGUCUAGGCAUUUUCGGCGGUGUUCUUGCGGCCAUCAUCCUGGCAGUUCUCCUCGCAGUCGUCUUGACCCACAAGAAGUCUGAUACAAUAGCGGCCACUCAACCCCAGGUCUCACAGGAUCCCGUACAGAGCGGGACUUCCGUCUCUUCGGCAAUUCCAAGUGCUACGCCGACACCGACACCGCACAAUGUCUGGCUCAACUUGACCGAUUUUCCACCAAUGCCCACUGGUGUGCUGACCGUGGCCGGCCCGAACAACACCAAAUCAGACACUAGAUGCCUCACCGAGAGUGCAAAGACCCUGUGGAGCUGUUCGAUCCCCAAGAACCAGCAGGAUCCCAACUCGCAAUUCGAUACCAACCAGCCCGAGUUCAUCUUCCAGAUUCAGUUUGACAACAAUACGCGGGCUCUGUGGAACGUCACUACUACUGGCGAGCAGAAGAAGCGAGGCUUCGGCCAUGCCAUGGAUGAUGAAGACUCAGACACAGUUUCUGGCCGUCGAUCGUUUGCCAGUGCCGUGGCUCGGGCUGCUGCCAUAAUGCGGCGCGCUCUUGUAUACGACACUGGGUUCUCCCCGAAUCCUUCACCCCCGGAUUACAAGGAGAUGUUCUUUUUGGGCAAUACUACAGACGAUAUCAAGUCUGACGAAAAGGCGGGUGAGCCUACGCCGUUCUUCAUUAGCCUUCUUUCCUCGGUAGACGGUACUGUCGGACCGGACGUGCUGAGCCGACGUGGCUUGGGCAAUGGUAUUGACUCGGGCUCGUCCGCAUCUCAAAACAUUAGCCAAUUUGUCGAUGCCCCAGUCAAGACGGACAAGACUCCCCUGCCAGCCGUCCUGUAUCCGCUCCCCUCCCAGCAACCCGUCCGACUCUUUGACCGCGGGCUCGACACGGAGCACUAUGGCUUUUACACGUACUUUAACAAGUCCAUCUUUAUCUUUGAUCAAGAGGAGGACAAUGACGAGGACGCUGACGGCGGCGCCCUGCUCAAGGACGCCACGGCUCUGGUAGUCUGGAGCCAGGCUCGGUUCCUGGUCAAGAUUUGGACGCGACUCGAUGCAAACCUACUGGGCAACCAAGGGCCCGUGGUGGUCAUGAAUGAGGACGACGACGACGCCUCCCACAACCUGCCGGGCACCAUGCCCUACCCCGUCACCAUUGCCGAGGAUUUCCAUGGCGGCGACGAGAACGUCAAGGGCACCAUUGUGUGGCCGAUUGGUGACGACCAGCGUGUUGUCACGUCCAAUGCCUCGCUCAUCACUGUUGACAAGAGCGCUGGCGGCACCCUGAUCAACCCUAUGGGUAACGAGGAUCCGCGCCUCGGCGGCAUCGAUGGCGGCACGGGUGGAUGCAAGUGUUCCUGGGUCAAUUUUGUGUCGGAUGUGACGACCUUUGUGGAUCGCUAUGAACACUAA